GCCGUUUGGCAUCCAAGAUGGCGGUGCAGGAGUCGGCGGCUCAGCUCUCCAUGACUUUGAAGGUGCAGGAGUACCCCACGCUCAAGGUACCAUACGAAACACUGAAUAAACGGUUCCGAGCUGCUCAGAAAAACAUUGAUCGGGAGACUAGUCACGUUACAAUGGUGGUAGCAGAGUUAGAGAAAACACUGAGCAGCUGUCCAGCUGUGGAUUCUGUGGUUAGUCUCCUGGAUGGAGUAGUGGAAAAGCUCAGUGUUCUGAAACGGAAGGCAGUGGAGUCAAUUCAGGCUGAAGAUGAGAGUGCAAAACUAUGCAAACGCAGGAUUGAGCAUCUUAAAGAACACAGUAGUGAUCAACCAGCUGCUGCAAAUAUGUGGAAGAAAAAACGAAUGGAUCGCAUGAUGGUGGAACAUCUCUUGCGAUGUGGCUACUACAAUACAGCUGUAAAAUUAGCCAGGCAAAGUGGUAUUGAGGACUUGGUAAAUAUUGAGAUGUUCUUGACAGCAAAAGAAGUAGAAGAAUCCUUGGAAAGACAAGAAACAAUGACUUGUUUAGCUUGGUGUCAUGAUAACAAAUCUAGGCUCAGGAAGAUGAAGAGCUGUCUUGAGUUCAGUCUAAGGAUUCAGGAGUUCAUUGAACUCAUUCGGCAGAAUAAGAGGCUGGAUGCUGUGAGACAUGCACGGAAACAUUUUAGCCAGGCUGAAGGAAGUCAGCUGGAUGAAGUACGACAAGUGAUGGGGAUGUUAGCCUUUCCUUCUGAUACUCAUAUCUCUCCUUACAAGGAUCUUCUGGACCCUGCUCGAUGGAGGAUGCUAAUCCAGCAGUUUAGAUAUGAUAACUACAGGCUGCAUCAGCUGGGGAACAACUCGGUCUUUACUAUAACACUUCAGGCUGGCCUUUCAGCUAUAAAAACUCCACAAUGUUAUAAAGAGGAUGGCAGUUCAAAGAACCCUGACUGCCCUGUGUGUAGCAAAUCCCUAAAUAAGCUGGCUCAGCCUCUGCCAAUGGCACACUGUGCCAACUCCCGACUAGUCUGCAAGAUUUCAGGAGAUGUGAUGAAUGAAAAUAAUCCUCCCAUGAUGCUUCCAAAUGGAUAUGUAUAUGGAUACAAUUCCUUGCUUUCUGUUCGUCAAGAUGAUAAAGUAAUUUGCCCAAGAACCAAAGAGGUCUUCAACUUCUCACAAGCUGAGAAGGUCUACAUUAUGUAAAUCCCUCAUACACACAAUGAAGUGCCACUGGAAUUUGUCACAAGAUAUUCUGGCAUGCCCUAUAGAAAGAUAUCUUGAGAGUGGCAAAGAGAGCUGCCACUUGGGGGGUGGGGAAAUUCAGAUUUAUUGGUGGCAUGUUUCCUUGCGACCAAAGAUCAGUGAGCAACAAUAUAUACUGUUUGGGAAUGAAGAAAUAUGACUAAAAGGUUGUACUUGGAGGGAACAAAUUUUGAAUGUUUGGAUUUUGUAACAGUAAUUGGACUUUCCUCAAAUAUUCAUCCAGAAAAAGAACCGUACUCAAAUGGACCAUUUCACUUGUGGAGGAUAAAGUUACAAUGGAUCUCAAAGGGCCACUUCACAUUUCAGACCUGUUUUCAGCAUCAUCAGUGUGUACCCACUUGUGGAACAACAUGCUGUUUGAGGAGGCCAAAUAUGCAAAUCUGUAAUACACACCAAGGAGUUGAGGCCAGUCACAGCUUCUGAAUGUGUGUCCAUCCUGUGGCCUCGGGUGUAUGAGUAUGCAUGUGUGCUGUGUCGGAGAAUAUGAAUGUGUAUGCGUGAGUAUGAAUGCAUGUACAACUCCCUUUGAAGUGUGGCUGUCACAUGCAAACUGGAAACAAGUUUCCUAUAGGCCCGUGUGCUUCCUUUCUCUGUGUUAGCAAUUGGCUAAAACCCAUUUGUUUGAUAUCCUCUUACACUCUGUCUUUUAAAUGAUUCCAUGGGAUACUCUUAACUCAUUUUAUGGAACACUAGUGCAGAACUAAUUUCACUUUCACUGGAAUAAUUAGGAAUUCCUUUGAAAGGAAAUACGAGGCUUUAUUCUCUCCUCCACUCCUAAAGCAUAUUAGGAAGACUGGAUAAAUAUAAAGAACUGGUUAAGUUACAGGCAUAAUACGCAGUUUGUAUGUAUAUCUUUCCAGUUGACCAUAGUGUUAAGAUCCUUCAUUUAUUAGUUACUAUGUGCAUAGGAUUCAGUAUCAAACCAUUAGUGCUACUGCCUUAUUUCUUGCUUUGAGAAUGUACUCACAUAAAAAUCAGCUGGUAACCUUAAGUGUUGGGCAAGUUUUGAAGAUGCCUUUCAGGAUAAUUAUGUAAUGUUAGGGUAUUCAUUACACCAGAGAUUAGUUCAAUUUUAACAGCUACAGAUCACCUCCUUAUCAAUUUCCAAACAAAACUCAUUGUAGUUGAAACAAAACCAUAUGGUAGAAGUUUGUAUUUAGCAUUUAUUUUUGCAUGUUGAUGUUGAUUAGCUAAUAAAGUCUGUAAACAUAA